AGAAACAAAGCUGCAGCUGGUCUCUCUGUAACUCUCUUGGGUGAUUCGGUUUCGGCGGGGCUGAAAGUCGAAGAUAAGUUAAUUGCUAGUAAAUGGUUCAGAAUGGUUAUGUCUGGUGGAGCAAUGACUAGUCGGGGAGAUGUGGCUUAUGGUGGUAGUUUAGAAGCUCAGUUGAGGGAUAAAGAUUAUCCGCUUGGUCGGUUUUUGACUACUCUUGGACUUUCUGUUAUGGAUUGGCACGGUGAUCUUGCUAUAGGAGGGAACAUACAGUCUCAGGUUCCCAUUGGACGUUCCUCUAAUUUAAUUGCUCGUGCUAAUCUGAAUAAUAGAGGAGCAGGGCAAGUGAGUGUCCGUGUAA